CACAAAGCUUUAUUAUAUAUAUAUAUAUAUAUAUCUACUUUCGCUCCCCUAUCUUCAAAAUGCCUUCUGAUUUCAACGAAUCGCGUCGACUAACUAAGAUUCCUCACGGUGGAGCGGUGGCGAUUCCGGCGGAUCAGCAAGAGCAGCUUCCUUGUCCUCGCUGCGAUUCAACCAACACCAAGUUCUGUUACUACAACAACUACAAUUUCUCACAGCCACGCCAUUUCUGCAAGUCUUGUCGCCGUUACUGGACUCACGGAGGUACUCUCCGUGACAUUCCCGUCGGUGGUGUUUCCCGCAAAAGCUCCAAACGCUCCCGAACUUGCUCUCCCGUCGCUGCUUCCACCGCCGCCGGAAGCCGGAAUUUUCCGUUACAAGCGACGCCUAUUCUUUUCCCUCAAUCGUCCAGCGGUGGUGCUAUCACGGCGGCGAAGGGAAGUGCGUCGUCGCUCUACGGCGGUUUCACCUCUUUGCUCAACUACAGCGCCGCCGCGAGCAGAAAUGGGCCUGGUGGUUGUUUUAAUGGGCCAGACGGGUUUGGACUUGGGCUUUGUCACGGGUCGUACUUCGAUGACGUCAGAUUUGGGCAGGGAAUAACGGUCUGGCCGUUUUCAACCGGCGCUACGGAUGCGACAACAGUUGCAGCGAGCCACGUGACACCAAUACAAGCCACGUGGCAGUUUGAAGGUCCAGAGAGCAAAGCCGGGUUCGUGUCUGGAGACUACUUAGCGUGAGACCACUAUCAUACCAGCCUCUCUGCCUCAAUCGGAGGGUUUCAAAUUUUUCUUCUUUCAGUUUCUUCUCUUUAACUUUCAGUUUAGUGAUCUCAUUUAGUUGUGUCUGGUUAUUUAGUUAGGUUACUUGUGAACGAAACUACAAAUCAGAGAAUCGUUUGUUUGUUUGUUUUUGGUUUAA